CAUCUUUCCUCCAAUUUAGUGAAACACGGACUUAAUACUACUGGAGUAGUACAAACUCCAAGAAAGCCAUUCAGCUCCUCCUCGGCAGUUUUUAACCAAUCACAGAAGGAAUGAGAUGGUCCAACCCAGAAAACAGAUAUAGCCUUCACUUUUGAACUUGAAAAUGCUACCAACAAAGAAGUUACUGAAGCUUUCCAGAAACCAGAGCCAUAAGCUUGCAAAGUCAGAUGCACCUUUGGAUGACAGUCUGGAUGAUUUUCUUGUAACACGCCCACUGAGAACAGAGAGGAAAAUAAAUAAAGACAAAAGUGAACCAGUUUCAAAAUGCACUGGACAACAACAAACUAAACUUAUCACAAAUAAAAUUGACUUAACUCCCAGUGGAAGUGAAUUAGUGAAAACAGAAGAAUCUCAAGUUGGGUUUCAAUGUCCUCAGUGCAAGAAAACUGUAUUCAGUGUCUCUGAGAAAAGUGAACGGUGUAGUUUUUGUAAACAUUCUGCCCUAAGCGAGAGCAGAGGAGCAUUGUUUGAAGAUCGCCAACAUGAACAGCUUAUUGAACCACUCUCUCCAAAACUGCCAGAUAAACAGUUGAAACGCAGAAUUCCUGCUGAAAAAAGACCAGUUCGUCGAAAAGCGGCUGAUCCAAGCGAUCUUUCUCUCGCGAUUGCUUUGUCCGAAUCCCUACAGUCAGCGAACGAAAAUGCCAGAAAACUAGAAGAAGAAUUGUUGAUUACAGGAAACAUGACGGAAGUCAUCGCUGAGCUGCGAAAUGAUGAACAACAAGGAACAGGGACCAUUCUGAGUCAUGUUCUUUCUAUACCAGCAAUUGUUCCUACAUUAACCAAAGUGAAACGAAAAGCCAAAGCAGCCACAAAGAGAGAACCGACACACUACACACUAUCUCUCCGUUCUCAUGCCGAACGUGAACGUUUAAUUGCUGAUAGAGCUGCGUCAGUGCUAAACCAAGAGCCGGAUGACCCAGUGAAGCCUCCUAAAGCGGUUUUCACUCAUCCUCUGCCUAUCUCAGAAUAUAUCCAGAAAUUUUCAGAAGAUAAAAGAUCUUUGUGGAAACGUUCUUCGCUGCAAAAUGAUCCUACAGCCGACCAGUCCGGGGUCUUCUAUGUUGAUGCUCUUCGUUCAGUGAUUAGUCCAUCGGGAAAAAAAUGUGGUUAUUCUAACAUUCUGCUUCACGUGUCACAAUUGCCAGGGCGAAAUUCUUCUCAGAGGGAGUCAAUACCAAGUACUCAAAUGAUUUUAGAGGAAUUGGCUUCUGCAGCAGAAGGAGGUUUCAUUGAUAACCCCAAUCCUACACAAAAUGGUAGCGAUUCAUCUGGAUUACCAUCUGCGUUGGCAAAACUUAAGGACGACUGGUCUCAGUUAGUGAAUAAUCCACUUAUGAGUGAUGUGACUGUCCGGGCCAAAAACGGAAACAUUAGUGCUCAUCGCCUGGUGUUUGCAGUUCGUUUCCCAAGCAUACUCGACAGUAUUUUUAGCAAACGAAAGGAUGCAGGCGAAACAUUCAUCCUUGACUGGUCAUCAUACUCAGCUUCAUCUGUCCUUAGAGUUCUGCAUUUUAUUUACACGGCGUCUUACGAGCAUGACGAAGAAGAUGUGUUACAUGUACGCCGUAUUGCCCGUCGUCAUAAUAUCAGUGAUCUUAUCGAUUUACUCCCACAUCAAUAUGAAAGUGACCAUGAGACUAGCGACGAGGAAGAAGAAGAUUCCAUGAAGCUGAAUACAUCAGUCAAUGCCAGUCCAGUUUCUUCAAAAGAAACAUGUCUUGAUAGGGUUUCAGAAUCAUCCAACAUACAAAAGUCUUUGCGGUUUUCAAGUGCCAACGAAAAUGAGAAAAAAGAGAUACAAGUAAACAAUAGUGAACAUUCGCCUUGUGGUUUCGGGUCAAAAUCUCUGGCACUGUCCGAAGACGGUCUGCAAACUCUUCACAGCGAGUACGAAGAACUUUCUGUCCUACAGCAGAAAACAGCUAAUGCAUCUGAAACAGGCAAGAAUACUAGAAACAGCCCAUCUAAAGAAGUUGCAAUUGUCCGUUUAUCAAGCGGUCACCACCAAGUGGAAAGGACCCUUACCUCAGCCAUUGACAUGGAAAUGAGUAGCAAUGCCACGAGCCGAAUUGUGCCAUUGUCUCCCGACAUGUUUCACGAAACCCUCGGGCAUUCAGAUGAGGAGCCGAAUUCUUCUGAUGAAGUCGUCGAUUUAACACAAGAAACAGAUUCGGAUCGACAGAGCAAUCGAUCUUCCUCUCCUCACGCUGGUUCUUGUGAAAAGAAUAACAACUCUCCUAACAAAACAGAUGUCUCAAUGGCGGAAUGUUCCUUGACUCUCGCUCCGAACUCGUCUUUAGUUAAAAAUCCAAAAAAUUCUUCCCUGCAAAAUUCUUUGUUGGACGAUUUGGUGGGGUCGUGUUCGCGAGCUAAUCCUUCGUCCUUUAUCAACGAUUCGGUUUCAUCAUGGAAUUGUUAUGGUGGUGAAGUGGAGGACGUAUUACACAAUUAUCCUAGUCCCGUGGCCCCAACGAUUUCCUCUCCUUGUUUGGCAGUAGCUGAAGUUGAAGCAAAAAAAUCGAACAAUCAAUAUGAUGAGUUUCCUGACGAGCUCGAUUCCAUAUUCGGACAGCUACUUGACGUGGAACCAUCACCCAAACAUACAGUAGUAUCAUUAGCCAUACCAUGCAGCGCAGAUGGCGUGGCCGCUGAUGUCAAUACUCCUGAAGGACCCCGUCAAGCUAAAAAACGCAAAAUGGAUGUUACUCCGCUUCCAGACUACCGAUCGAUGGAAACACCUCUUCUCAAGCAAGAGUUGGUUAAGUAUGGGCUGAAGCCACUCAAACGAUCAAAUGCGGUGAAACUUCUUCAUCACAUCUACGAGGAACUUCACCCAUUUGUAACGGAUUCUGAAAGCAGUUUUCAGGACACUCCGGAGAGGCAAACAACUCGAGAGUCCCGACGAACGCAUCAUCCUGCCUGUGUUCCUCCAAGUCCUUCGAAAAGUAUACGUGAUAGCACAAGUUGCGAUGAAAGCGGACACUCUCAAGAGGAUGAAGAAAGUAUGAUUGUUAUGGAAUUGGACCGAGAAAUACCUGAUAGCCAGUUAGGCAGUCCAGGACGGUCUGUCCCACUAAAGGAUCGCAUGAAAAUCUUUUUCAAAAAGCGUCCAGAUAUUCACAAGUUGGUUCUAACGUACGAGCCCAUUUCCUUUGAAUAUCUGUUUGCGGAAAUUCGCAAGGAGCGCAUACGUUGUAAGGCUCAAGAGUUACUAGACUGGCUAGACGAAGAGUGUAUUACAUGUCGAAUGAAAAGUAGAAACCGAAAUCGUCCUACCAACGGAGAAGACGAAGCACUAGUCCCAAAAUUAACCCCCCCAAAAAAAGUGGCGACUGCACCUACCAGACCAGCUCAAAAGGCACGUCGAGGAGUAGUAAAGAAACUUUUAUAGCUUAGUUUCGUUCUUGUUUUAGGUGUACUUUUGUAUUGGAUAUUUUGUUGUGCUUGCUGAUUCGCGUUGAAUUAAAAACAAAUGCGUUUUAAGUGGAUUUUUUUUUGGAUUUUGUACUGUUAUGUAUGUACAAAUCUCACUACAAUGUUUUUAUGUAUAUGUAACAGCUGGUUGAAAUUGACACUCAAUGAAAAAGUGAAAGAAAAAAAAAGAAAUUGUGAAAAAAAAACAGCGGGUUGAGGAGAAAAUCCUAGGUGGUACGAUUAUCUACAGAUGUCAUGUGAUGUAUGUGUUCUCAGAAGUUCAACAACGCAAAAAAACAGAAAAAAAAAAUAAUAAAGAAUAAAUUGGCGA